ACACAAUAUGGCACAUCCAGCUUGGUUUGCGUUACGUGAUGACGUCAUGCUGUGUUGGUACGUUCAGAGUUGCUACGCUGUCAACCUGAGAGGCAGAGAAGGGAAGCUCGUUAUCCCGCUUUAAACAGACCAGUCUUCAUCAUGGCAUUGAGAGGCGCUGUGUGCCGUCUGUUGGUCAACCCUCGGAGAUGUGCCAUCAUCUCAGCUUGCAGAACACAGGGGACUGCGGCCCCUGCCAGAUGGGGUGCAGAGAAGACUGAGCAGAAGUCUAAAGCACCUAAGGUCCAGUUUAACUGGCUGGAUGCCCUGGAGCUGGAGAGCCAGCUGAAGGAGGAUGAGAUCAUGAUCAGGGACUCCUUCCGGACCUACUGCCAAGAGAAACUCAUGCCUCGCAUCCUCAUGGCAAACAGAAAUGAAGUGUUUCACAGAGAAAUUGUGUCAGAGAUGGGAGAGAUGGGUAUCCUGGGUCCGACCAUUAAAGGUUAUGGCUGCGCUGGGACAAGCUAUGUAGCCUAUGGUUUGAUUGCCAGAGAAAUAGAGAGAGUGGACAGCGCCUAUCGCUCAGUCAUGAGUGUGCAGUCAUCACUGGUCAUGCAUCCCAUUAAUGCCUAUGGUUCAGAAGAGCAGAAACAGAAGUACCUCCCCAAGCUGGCUCGUGGAGAGAUUCUGGGUUGCUUUGGCUUGACAGAGCCUAACCACGGCAGUGACCCCAGCGGAAUGGAAACCAGAGCCAAAUACAAUCCGUCCAGCCGCACUUACACUCUCACCGGCUCAAAGUCCUGGAUCACAAACUCUCCACUGGCAGAUAUUGCUGUAGUCUGGGCCAAAUGUGAUGAUGGGAAGGUCCGCGGCUUCAUCUUGGAGCGGGGAAUGAAGGGCCUAUCGACACCUAAGAUCGAGGGAAAGUUCUCCCUGAGAGCCUCCAUCACUGGUAUGCUCCUCAUGGAUGAGGUGGAGGUUCCUGAGGAGAACCUGCUGCCUAAUGCCACCGGCCUCGGGGGUCCUUUCGGCUGCCUGAACAACGCUCGUUAUGGUAUAGCUUGGGGCUCUCUGGGUGCUGCAGAGUUCUGUUUCCAUACAGCUCGACAGUACACACUCGACAGAGUCCAGUUUGGCGUCCCACUGGCAAGGAAUCAGCUGAUGCAGAAGAAACUGGCCGACAUGUUGACAGAGAUCACCAUCGGCCUGCAGUGCUGUGUGCGGCUGGGGAGACUCAUCGAUGAGAAAAAAGCAGCCCCAGAGAUGAUAUCCUUGCUGAAGAGAAACAACUGCGGUAAAGCCCUUGACAUCGCCAGGCAGGCCAGAGACAUGCUGGGAGGCAACGGCAUCGCAGACGAGUACCACGUCAUCCGCCACGUCAUGAACCUGGAGUCUGUCAACACUUACGAAGGUACUCAUGAUAUCCACGCCCUGAUCCUGGGCAGAGCCAUCACAGGGCUGCAGUCCUUCACUGUGGGCAAAUAGACACCACGUCUCACUGUUGCUCCCAACCAGCAGGGGCCAGGUGUUAGAAAUGUAACAUGCAUGAUCUGCAGCAGCUUUCAGAUUUUUUUGGCAAAUCCUCACCUUUAGAAUAUAUAUUUUAGUGAAAAAAGCAGUCGCGUUUUAAGUCUGUUGCUGAGCGUUUGGAGUGUUGUGUAAUUUAACCAAAAGUCGAUUUUUCAACUUAAAAAGCUCUAUUUUUCUACUCUUAAACACAACACUGAGAUUUGUUUAGCUCCCUAAUUCCUAGUUGUAUAGAAACUGUCGAUCAUUUUAUAGACUGUCAUGGACACUACUGUAGUGAAGUUUCAAUGAAACUGAAUGAGACUUGCUGUUGUAUGCAACGGUAUUAGUGUAAUUAAUUAGUGUAAAACCACAACACAUAAAUGGCCACAACGUAUUUGGAAUUGCCUGUUAAGCUUUUUUGCUUUAAAUUUGAUCCAGUCAUGCAGUUUUUGUCAGUCUGCGAUUGAUCUAAGAGGUAAUGUUGAAGAAAUGACAAGAUCAGUUACUGUUAAAUGCACAGUGGUGAUAACCUGUAGCACUUUCCUGGCUCUGUUUGCGUGAUUUGUCAGCGGUCAAGGAUGUUGAUCAGAGCAUUAAUAAAUAAAAGUUAUUGAAGUAC